GUACAAAAAUGGAGUCGAGCAAACAACAUACAUGCCCCCACUCCAUUAAUCUGAGCCGUUGAACUUCCAUUAUAGCUCAAAUCUGUUUGAUUCUACAACUUUGGGUUGAUUUUCAAUUUAUUCCUUUUUUCCUUUCAUUUUUAGAGUUUCGGUGAUGAGAUGAUGACUCAUUGCUUCAAGAAAGCAUAAAUGGAACAGAUUUGAUUGGGGAUACUUUUCGGACAUUCGUAUAUUUGCAUCCCGGUCAAACUUAAGUGAGAGAGAUGAAUGCCGCCGUGGGAAGGCAGAGGUCCGGUGCGGCGGCGGCGGCGCAUCAUCAGCGGCAGUACUCCGACAACUUUCUGGACACUUUGUCGAACGGCAAAUGGCUUCAAUCAGCUGGUCUUCAGCAUCUUCAGACCUCAAGCAACUCCGUUCAUCACUCACAGGGAUCCAGGGUGCAAAGUGGUCUUCAGAGGAGUGGAGGAAGUGGUGCUUUUGCUGAGCCGCUGACUCCGCCAGCCAAUCCUCGGCCGUCCGGCCAGAGGAAGAAUGGGAAUGAACCUAAUGAGUUCAGUCCGGGGCUCUUAGAUCUGUACUCAUUGGAUACUGAGCUUCUUCCCGAGAUGCCAGAUGCUGGGCAGUAUGGUGCUCCUUCUGUGCAUAAUUCUGCUCAAGGGAAAAGCUUUGAUGACUUGGAGUCAUAUUUUGUAAAUAAUAAGCAAACAGGAAGAGUUCGUGGCUUGGCAGAUAUGAAUGUAACAAAGAGCUUUGUUGCUGAUAAAGAAAAGUCUAGCAGUGUUGCGAAGAUCAAAGUAGUGGUGCGAAAACGACCAAUGAACAAAAAAGAAUUGGCAAAGAAUGAUGACGACAUCAUUGAAAUGCGUAGCAACUCAGUCGUAGUUCACGAGACAAAACUUAAGGUUGACUUGACACAAUAUGUUGAGAAUCACGAGUUUGUCUUUGAUGCAGUGUUGAACGAGGAGGUUUCAAAUGAUGAGGUAUAUCGUGAGACUGUGGAGCCAAUUGUUCCAAUAAUUUUUCAAAGCACAAAAGCCACUUGUUUUGCAUAUGGGCAAACAGGAAGUGGCAAGACAUUUACAAUGAAACCACUGCCUUUGAAGGCAUCAAGGGACAUUUUGAGUCUCAUGCACUAUACUUACCGGAACCAUGGCUUUCAAUUGUUUGUCAGCUUCUUUGAGAUAUAUCAAGGAAAACUCUUUGACCUUCUCAAUGAUCGGAAAAAACUUUGCAUGAGAGAGGAUGCUAAACAACAAGUAUGUAUAGUGGGCUUACUAGAGUACAGAGUCUCUGACGUGGAGAUGAUUAAAGAGCUCAUAGACAGAGGGAAUGCAACUAGGAGCACAGGAAUAACUGGUGCCAAUGAGGAAUCUUCAAGGUCACAUGCUAUACUUCAGCUUUCUAUCAAGAAGUCAGCUGAUGCGAGUGAAUCCAAACCUGCCCGACUUGUUGGAAAACUGUCUUUUAUAGACCUCGCAGGAAGUGAGCGUGGUGCAGACACUACUGACAAUGAUAAACAAACCAGGUCCAGUCCUACUUAUUUAUCUGAGAUAUAUAAUAUAUUCAAGUUCAUCCAUUUGCUUGAGCGUUUCUUUCAUCAUGUGCAGUUAGUUAUAUGUUUGAAUAUUUUUUGUGCAUGCAAAUGGAACGGUUUUUUCUUUAGAUUCCUCUAAGAUACACCAUAAUGUUUUGUUAUUUGUUCCUCUAAAUAAUGUUUUCCUUUAGUCCCUUUCUGUCAACCUCUUUUAAGAAAACUGAUGUGGCUUAUGGGUUCUAUCAUUUCCAUGUCAACUUUUUGUAUCUCAUCAGCAACUUAUUAGGGGAGUUGGUGCUAAGCAAAAAAGAUCACUACCACUUUUAAUUUAAGUCUCUAGCUAUAUGGAAAUAAAUACUAGUAUGUAGGUUUUUGAAAUACCAUGGGAAAAGCCACGCUGGAGUUGUGGAGACAAACAUAUUUAAGCCCUAAUGAGUAAUGAUACCCUUGUUUUUU